CUCAUAAAGAUGGCCUGCCUCUGCCUCCAAAGUGCUGGAAUUACAGAUGUCUUUAAUUUGAAAGGAAGGUCCCUGUGGGUUUGCUUCCAUGGGACAGGACCACAGAGAAGGUAGGAUAUGGAGACUGUUUCUGUUUAGGAGUGGAUGUAUUCAGAGGGACGAGUCUUAGUGUAUGAACAUGAGUAUGUUGCCUCUCAGGCAUCACAUGAAGAUGUCACAGUCAGAAACAGGAACUGUCUGAUUAAUGGGACAUAUCUCUCCAGGGAGACCAGUUAAGGGAAAAUGGCAGGUUGCAGGCUGUAGGUUCUGAGGAGGUAAGGUACAGGGAAGGCCUGGUGGAUGGGGAAAUUGCUGACCCUUGCCCACCUCUGGCGCUCCUUCCCCCAUCCCCCGUCUGAAGAUCCAGCAUUAGCCUCGUGAGACCUCGUGGCCUUUGAGGAGGGCGCACCGCCCCCACGGAGCCAGGCGCCUUUGUAGCCUAAGGGGCUAGGGUGGGGGAGAGGCACAGGCACAUGAUGUCCAACCUCCCUCGCCAGCCCAGCACCUGACCGGGAAAAGCCUCGGAUUCCUCAGAACGGAGACCGGUCCCUGAGCAAGACAAAUGGCCUCCCCACGCCUGGGAAUCUUCUGCUGCCCUACAAGGGACGCAGCCACACAGCUGGUGCUGAGCUUCCAACCGCGGGUGUUCCACGCGCUGUGCCUGGGCAGCGGGGCUCUCCGCCUGGUGCUUGGCCUCCUGCAGCUCCUGCCUGGGCGCAGAUCUGUUGGUCACAGGGCGCCUGCGACAUCUCCACCGGCCUCAGUCCACAUUCUCCGCGCUGCCACCGCCUGCGACUUUCUUGGCUGCCUGGGAAUCGUUACCAGGUCCACGGUGUGGGUAGCCUACCCAGAUUUCAUUGAAAACAUCUCCAAUGUGAAUGGAACAGACAUUUGGCCUGCUGCUUUCUGUGUAGGGAGUGCGAUGUGGAUCCAGCUGUUGUAUGGUGCCUGCCUCUGGUGGCUCUUCUGCUAUGCAGUUGAUGUGUACUUGGUGAUCAGGAGAUCUGCAGGACUGAGCACCAUCCUGCUAUACCACAUCAUGGCCUGGGGCCUGGCUGUGCUGCUCUGUGUGGAGGGGGCAGUCAUGCUUUACUACCCUUCUGUGUCCAGGUGUGAGAGGGGCCUGGACCAUGCUAUCCCUCAUUAUGUCACCACGUACUUGCCACUACUGCUUGUCCUUGUGGCCAACCCUAUCCUGUUUCACAAGACAGUGACUGCAGUGGCCUCUUUACUGAAAGGAAGAAAAGGUGUUUACACAGAGAACGAGAGACUGAUGGGAGCCGUGAUCAAGACCCGGUUUUUCAAAAUAAUGCUGGUGUUAAUUGCAUGUUGGUUGUCCAAUAUCAUCAAUGAAAGUCUUUUGUUCUACCUUGAAAUGCAACCAGAUAUCCGUGGAGGCUCUCUGAAACGCAUCCAGAAUGCAGCCAGGACCACAUGGUUUAUUAUGGGAAUACUGAAUCCAGCCCAAGGACUUCUCUUGUCUCUAGCCUUCUAUGGCUGGACAGGAUGCAACCUGGAUGUCCACCCUCCCAAGAUGGUGAUUCAGUGGGAAGCAAUGACUGCCUCAGCUGCCGAGGGCACAUACCAGUCCCCUGUGGGCUCCUGUGUGCCCCAUGAAAACCCCAGGAAGGUGGUGUGUGUUGGGGGGCACACUUCUGACGAGGUGCUGAGCAUUCUGUCUGAAGGUUCUGAUGCCAGCACUGUUGAAAUCCAUACUGCAACUGGGUCACGCAACAUAAAAGAAGUUGACUCCAUUUCCCAAGCUCAGGGGGACCUCUGAGGGGAUGGGGUAGGGGUCAGACACUCCUACUUACUUUUCAGGCUCUGUGUCUCAUCGUUUUGGAUUGUAUUCCUGCCUUCCUUCCUUUCACAGUGCUGACACAAUGUAGAAUCCUUCAAAUCCCACUCUGGUCACCACAAUGGAGUUCCCUGAAGAUGCGCUUUAUGCUAGGACAAGCAACACACCAGAACUUGGAAAUGAAAAUUCCUUCCAGAACAUUCAGUGUCACCUCUUGACUCUUAAUAACCAUUUGGACUUUUUCUGAGGCCAGCUGUAAUGCUAAGUGUCAGAUCCAAGUCCUUGAGAAAAUAGUUAAAUAAAGUCUUUCUGACUAA